GUUUUUAGAAUCUAAGAUCUCUGUCUUCAUUCUCUCAGACAGCUAUUUGAAAACUCUGGUCUUCAUUGUGCAUAUUAGUCUCUACUGGGUCAAGCUGUAUUCCCCAACAGAACCAUGGCAAGUCAUGACAAAAGUUUACUUCAACUCAGAUGUUUACUUCUUAUUUUCUCUGUUGGACUGAACAUAUUUUUUAUAAAUGAAUUCUCUGGCCAUCAUGAUAAAGAAUCACUAACAACAAUAGCGUUUACAGCAUCCAAAGACAAGCCUCUGGAAAACAACACUAUCCUACUCAUAUGGUUUUGGCCAUUUGGAAAAAAAUUCGACCUAAACUCUUGCAGUUCCAUAUAUAAUAUAGACGGCUGUUACUUAACAGUAGACAGAGAUCUUUACAGCGAGGCUCAUGGAGUACUGAUAAAUCACAGAGACAUUAACAGUGACCUGUCAAAUUUACCCACAAAACCACGGCCUUUCUUCCAGAAAUGGAUAUGGAUGCACUUUGAGUCUCCACAAAACACGAGACGACUCAACGGUCUGGAGAACCUGUUUAAUGUGACACUGAAUUAUAGACGGGAUGCUGAUAUUGUUCUUCGUGAACAAAUUGUGCUUAAAACUGAAGAUAAUGAGGAUAAGAUAUUUCCACAAGUUCUGGACAAAAAGGACAAGUUAGUUUGCUGGAUUGUGAGCAACUGGAAUGAGAAGUAUGAAAGGGUAAAAUACUAUAACGAGCUAAAAAAACACAUUGACAUUUAUGCUCUUGGGCGUCAUUUUGGGAAAGAAGUAAGUAAUGCACAAUACAAUGAAAUAUUAACCAGAUGUAAGUUCUAUCUGUCAUUUGAGAACACAGUCCUUCAUUACGACUACAUGACAGAAAAGCUGUUCAAUCCCCUCACACUCGGAUCAGUGCCAGUGGCUCUUGGGGCUCCAAGAUACAUAUAUGAAAGGUUUGUGCCAAGAGAUGCUUUCAUCCACGUGAAGGAUUUCUCCAGCCCUCAGAAACUGGCUGAACACCUGCUGUCAUUGGACAAGAAUGUUGAAGAAUAUAAAAAGUAUUUUCAGUGGCGAAAACACUUUGAAGUAAAACUUGUUAACUAUCCCCAAGAGCACGCAUGCCGUGCCUGUCAUUAUAUACGGACAAAGAAAGACUACCAGUUUUUUGGAAACCUUAACAAAUGGUACUGGGAUCCCAUCAAUGAUGGGACCUAAAGGUCAUGGGUGUCUUUUUGUGACUGUAUUGCUUUUGCUAUUACCAAAACAAUGCGCAGCACCUUUAAUUUUGUAUCAUUUAAAGGCUGGAAUAAACUACAAGACUUUUAAAUCUGAA